AUGGCCUUCACCCUGUCGGAGAUCAUGGCAGCGAGGAGGCAGCAGUCCCAGGCUCAGUCGCAGGCCCAGCGAGGCAGCAGGACGGCGGUGGAGGUGGACGAGUACAGCACCAACCCCACUCAGGCCUUCACCUUCUACAACAUCAACCAGGGACGCUUCCAGCCGCCGCACGUGCACAUGGUGGACCCGAUGCCCCACGACACGCCCAAGCCGCCGGGCUACACCCGCUUCGUCUGCAUCUCGGACACGCACUCCCGCACGGACGCCAUCCAGAUGCCGUACGGCGACGUCUUCAUCCACGCCGGGGACUUCACCGAGCUCGGGCUGCCGUCCGAGGUCAAGAAGUUCAACGACUGGCUAGGCACGUUGCCCUACGACAUAAAGAUCGUGAUCGCCGGGAACCACGAGCUGACCUUCGACCAGGAGUUCAUGGCCGACCUGAUCAAGCAGGACUUCUACUACUUCCCCUCGGCGUCCAAGCUGAAGCCGGAGAACUACGAGAACGUCCAGUCGCUGCUCACCAACUGCAUCUACCUGCAGGACUCGGAGGUCACCGUGCGGGGCUUCAGGAUCUACGGCUCCCCCUGGCAGCCCUGGUAUUACGGAUGGGGCUUCAACCUGCCGCGAGGUCAGGCUCUGCUGGACAAGUGGAACCAGAUCCCCGACUCCACAGACAUCCUGGUCACACACUGCCCCCCGCUGGGGUUCCUGGACUGGGUGCCUAAGAAGAUGCAGCGUGUCGGCUGCAUGGAGCUGCUCAACACGGUGCAGAGGAGAGUCCAGCCCAAGCUGCACGUGUUUGGACACAUUCAUGAAGGUUACGGCAUGAUGACCGACGGCACCACGACGUUCAUUAACGCCUCGGCCUGCACCGUCAACUUCCAGCCGAUGAACCCGCCCAUCGUUUUCGACCUGCCCAAUCCCAGGACCACAUGACUAGAGGAGGCACGCCCCCAGACACCUGCCACCAAUCAGGAGAAAGGAGGACGGAGAGGUAGGUGAGGCGGGCGGGCGAGCGAG